GAGGAACCUUGUCACAGCAACUAUUACUUGGACGUUGUUCCAAGUCAAACUGCACAAAGUAACGUUCAAACUCUAUUGGAAAUGACCAACCAUCGCGUUUCCAAAACUCGACAGACUCAUAAGAAACAACGAGUGGAAAGACUACGUGCAUUGCUGCAAUUGACACCUUCCGAUUCUAUUUUACUGGAUGCUUGCUCACGUCAAAAUGCAGCCGACGUCAAAGCACUUCUUGAAGCACUUCCUUCCGUUAAUCCAGAUACCAUUAGAGAUAAACAUCUACGAACGCCAUUACACAUUGCUUGCAGUCGUCGCGACGAUCUCGCCGAAGCCACAGCCGUUGCACGUGUACUUAUUCAGGCAGGAUCUGAUGUGAAUAACGGAGUCGGUGAUGUUGAUGGGUUCCAACCUAUGCAUAUGGCGGUGUUAGCCGGUAACUUUAAAUGUGUGCUUAUGCUAUUACAAGAAGGCGCCAGUGUUCCAGCAUCAGACCCGUUUCGUUUGACCCCGCUACUUCUUGCCAAACUGAAAUUGGAUAAUCUCCGACAGACACACGCACUCCCUCGCUCGUUAGAGAAAGACGUGGAAGAGAAAUCAACGGGUGCGUCAGUGUCAUCCAGUGCCCUGAAUGAAUAUGAAGAUUUGACUUCGAUCACCAAGGUACUGGUGUCGCAUCUCGCCAAUAAGCACAUCACCAAAUUUGGCAAUCCUCGCGAAUCCGCCAAUUUCUACGGUCUGUCUGAUUUUCUCUUCGCUAAAGAGAAAGCCGAGGCCGAGUCUCAACUGGAUGAGACCAUCGCCAACAUUACAGAUCAACUGUCCACGAUACAAAUGGAUUCUUCGUCUCCAAACAUGUCUGCGGAAAACACGGAAAGAAAAAUGUUGCUGAUGGAUACAAUGAACAGCCUGAUAGAAAAAUUACGGAACAUCGGCAUCAGUGAAUUGGACGAGUAGUUCCAUCACGCAAGGAUUUAUUGGAGGAGUGAUAUCUUACAAUGGCGCAUGCCAUCCUACUAGCCACAUUUUUUUUUUUUUUUUUUUUUA